AUGAAGCCAUCGGUGGACAUUGAUGCCCUGCGUACAGAGCAUGAGUCUGAUGAGCAAUGGGAAGUCCGUCGCAGUUUCAUGAUGGAGCACAAGGAUGACUUUGAGGAAGCUGAGCUCAUCACGCUGGCGCAAAUUUUCACCAACAUAGAGUUUUUGGGGUGCAGAUAUCCAGCCAUGACCAUGAAAAGGAUAGCGAAGUUAGCAGAGAAAGUGUCAGCCAAAUACAAGGAGAGUCGUAAAAAUAAACUUAAAAGGACAUUCAUUGGAGCCAGUGACGCAGCAGAGCAGAAGGCUAAAAGGACAUUCAAAUAAUUAUAUAAAAUUCAAAAUUCAAAAUGUUUUGUUCAUGUAGACCUUAUCACAGGCACUUAUUAAGCGUUCAUACAUUUAACAUGUUACACUAAUGUUAGCGAGAGUGGUGUGCACUGGGUUUCUUACAGUAUGCAUACAGUAGCAAAAGUUGAAUGAAACUGCAAAAAUUCCCCUCCAAUACGACUUAUGUAAAAUAAUUUGGGUAUGCAGUGCUUUUGUGCAUGUAUGAAGUGCACGCCACUGGUUAGCGAUGGUGAUAACUGCAUUCGUUAACUUAAAACUAAAGCUACGAGGGUUUCAAACACGCCCUGGUCUAAGAAGAGCCCACAAUAAUCUUAACCAGGUAAUAUACAACUACUACUAGCGGUUCUGAGAUUUGUAGCCUUAUAUUUAAAAGCAUAAACCACAGAAUUGAGAAGUUACAGAAACCCAGUAGACAAUUAAUAUUGAAGCAUCAAAAACCACUCCUCUUCACUUUACACCACAAACUUUUUCCCAUUUCAUGAUUUUACAGUAAACGUUUAAAAAAGCAGAAAAAUGUUUGUAAUGG